AUGCUCACUGAGAGAUUGGCAAAAUGGGCUCUUUUGUUACAAGAGUUUGACAUCACAUAUAUCUCUCAAAAGGCCGUUAAAGGACAAGCACUUGUAGAUUUUCUUGCAGACCAUCCAAUUCUAGAUAAUUGGGAAUUCUCUGAAGAUUUCUCUGAUGAAGAUGUUCUCUACAUUGAAAUCCCUAAUCCAUGGGAACUAUACUUUGAUGGAGCAGCUCAACAAGAUGAGGCAGGUGCAGGAGUCAUCUUUAUCACCCCAGAAGGAGAAGUAUUACCUUGUGCAUUUACUCUCAUUGAAAAUUGUUCCAACAAUGUAGCAGAAUACCAAGCCUUGAUCAUGGUUAAAAAGCCUGAGCUCUUGCCAUAUGUCAACUAUGUUAAGAAACUUUUGAAGUGGUUUGACAAAGCUAGUAUAGAACAUGUGCCUAGAAAAGAAAAUAGGCAAGCAGAUUCUUUGGCUAAUUUAGCGUCAGCAAUUGCAUUGCCAAGUACAGAAUUAAAAGUGCCUCUUUGUAAACGAUGGAUCUUACCACCAAUCACUUUAGUUGAAGAGGUCGAUGUAAAGUCUAAUGUCGUCUCAAUCCUUGAGGUGGGAAAAGAAGAUUGGCGACAGCCGUUGAUCAACUACCUACAGCAUGGGAAGUUUUCUAAUGAUCCAAGGUAUAAAACAGAAAUAAAGCGUCGAGCUCCUCGAUUUAUUUAUUUCAAAGAACGUCAAAUCCCAUCAUUGAGAAUUGCCAUUGAAGAAGGUCUUUCAAAUGAAGAUAAUAUUCGCCUACGCUUUGAAGAACUUGAAGCAUUGGAUGAGAAAAGGUUGGAAGCACAACAACGCUUGGAAUGUUAUCAAGCUCGAUUGUCCAAAGCUUUCAACAAGAAAGUUAAACCACAAUCAUUCCAAGUGGGAGACUUAGUUCUUGCAGUGCGAAGACCCAUAAAUACUACACAUCGUAUGGGUAACAAGUUCCUCUCAAAGUGGGAUGGACCAUAUGUUGUUCAAGAAGUCUACACUCAUGGUGCAUACAAAAUUGUUGAUCAAGAUGGAGUAAGAGUUGGCCCAAUUAAUGGUAGAUUCUUAAAACGCUACUACGCUUGA